UCAAUGACAACUUUCCCGGAGCGCACAGGCGCACUGUUCACUGCCGAACACGGCUGUGCUGGAAAUGAGUGGACUUCACGUUGCAGUCUCCCCCGAGCCAACGAAUCUCAUCAUUUUUCUUGUUGUUUUUUUCAACUUGAACACAUAGGGAUUAGAAGACGUCGCUGGUUUUACGCACAGCUCCGGGGCGUCUGGUGACUUGCGUUUUCUCUGUCAGCAAGUUGUGUGAAAACCUCGCUCGGUUUGCUUUGGUGGCGGACUUGUUGUGGACACAAUGUGGGGCAUGCAGAGGACGCGGUAUGCGGACUGCAACGGCUCCGGAGCCAGUGAGGAGGCGGAGAUUGUCGUGAACAUCGGCGGCGUCAAACAGGUGCUGUGCGGGGACGUGUUGAAUCGCUACCCGGACACGCGGCUGGCUGAACUGGUGGACUGUUCACGCAAGUCGCCUGAAGAAAUAUCUUCACUGUGUGACGACUACGACCCGGACACUGGGGAAUUUUAUUUCGACAGAGACCCAGAAGCAUUUAAGUGCGUAAUAGAGCUGUAUUAUUACGGAGAGAUACACAUGAAAAGAGGCAUCUGUCCCAUUUGCUUCAUGAAGGAGAUGGAGUUCUGGAAAAUCGACUCAGAUUUCCUGGACGACUGUUGUAAAUACCAACUGAGCGAGGUGGAGGAUGAACUUGCAGAGAUUGCAGAGAAAGUGAGAACUAUCCUGGUGGACCGAGAGGGAGAUCCGUCUGCAAGAGGCUGGCAGCGUUUCCAGGUUUGCCUCUGGAGGCUGAUGGAGAAGCCGGAAUCCUCGCUGCCUGCGCACAUCAUCGCUAUAAUAUCUUUCAUUUUCAUCCUCGUCUCCUCCGUGGUCAUGUGCGUCGGGACCAUCCCCGACCUGCAGGUGGAGGACUCAGACGGUAACCUCACGGAGCACCCGGUUCUGGAGGUCAUUGAGACGGUGUGCAUCUGCUGGUUCACCAUCGAGUACGUCUUGCGCCUGAUCUCCUCCCCAAACAAAGUCAAAUUCGUCCUGUCUUUCAUGAACAUCGUCGACUUCAUGGCGAUCAUGCCCUUCUUCGUGGUGCUGAUUCUGACAUCCUUCGGCGCUGGGAUGAUGGAGCUGGCCAACGUGCAGCAGGCGGUGCAGGCUUUACGCAUAAUGCGCAUUGCGCGCAUUUUCAAGCUGGCACGCCAUUCCUCCGGACUCCAGACGCUCACAUCUGCCCUGAAGAGCAGCUUCAAAGAGCUCGGGCUGCUUCUCAUGUACAUGGGCGUGGGGGUCUUCCUUUUCUCGGCACUGGGCUACACCUUGGAGCAGAACCACCCCGAGACCUUGUUCACCAGCAUCCCGCAGUCGUUCUGGUGGGCUGUGAUCACCAUGACCACAGUGGGGUAUGGAGACGUCUACCCAAAGACCACUUUGGGUCGGUGUAACGCAGCCAUCAGCUUCCUGUGCGGGGUGAUCGCCAUAGCACUGCCCAUACACCCCAUCAUCAACAAUUUUGUCCUGUUCUACAACAAGCAACAGGUGCUGGAGACCGCGGCCAAGCACGAGAUCGAACUGAUGGCGCUGCGCUCCGGCGCCGGCGAGCUGAAGGCUUCGCCCAUCGCCCGGCAACAUGUUUGCGGCGCAGGGGCGUUGGACAACGCCAUGCACUCCUGCCACAGUGACACAUACAUCCCCUUACUGAAGGAUCAGAGGGGAGGGGCAGGCAUAGCGACCCCCAGCAAGGACACCAGCUUUGAAAGCACAGCCGAUGCCCCCGAAUAUUUUGUCUCAUGAACAAUAGAGACCUGUCAGACUUUGACUGAAGACAAACAACGGCAACAACUACAAAACAUUAAGUUCCUUAUUCAUUGUUAAUAGUUGAUUUACUCAAACUUUAUCCACCAACUCUGGGUGACUGAUACAAUGACGAUUUGAGAUUGUAAAUAGCCCUCGAAGAAAAUGCAGUAAUGGCCUCAAAGGAGCCUCACGUUUUGAAAAAUUGCGCCUAUUAAAGAGAUAUACAUUGUAUUGUAUUGCCUUGAUGAGACUGUGAGUCCCUGCAGGCUGAGGAGUGUUUGAACAGCCAGUACAUGGAUUCCCAUAUAGGCUCCUUAUAUAACUCCCCCAUCCCCAAUCCCCACACUCAUACUGUUAACGGCACAGUAGCAUAUUCUUAUGUACAGAAAAUAUAUAUCACAAUGAAGGAUUUUCUUUUUCAUAAUUAAGAUAAGUAGCUCAUCUAGGAGAGAUGAAAGAUAAAUGUAGUAGUACUUGUAUGACAACAAAAGUGAAAAAAGCUGAUUUAAAAGUGAUAGAGGCUCUAGUGAACACCACACACAUUAUAAUAUACACUGGUGGGUAUAUAGGGAAAAUAAAAGCAACAUAUCAUCAGGCCUGUUCAUCUCCAUUCCUGCUUGUGAUUUUCAUGGGAUCACUGUAUUGUUUGUAGCUGACUCUAUGACGCAUCUGAGGUAAAAAAAAAAAAAAAAAACCCUGUUCAGGAAUUUGUUUA